AUGUCUUCUCCAGUCAACAGCUUCCUUUCACUCAUCCCAACCCUUCAUCGGGUCGCUGUUAUCGCUCCCUUUUCCAACACCGAGAGCGAUGAGUCUGUCGUACCUGUAGUCCAAAAGGCUCGCCGCUCUUCAUCGACUGCCACCGCUGACUCCAACACUGCCGAUGAGCCCACUCUGCCAUCUGAGACCGAGAUCGUUGCAUCUCCCACCGAGGAUGUCAACGUCGAAGUCGCUGUUGCCGAAGAGGCCGAGCAACCAGUCGCCGUCCAGAAAAUUGGUCUUCAUCAGUUCCUGAAGCUUGGCAACUAG